UUUCCCUAGGAAAAGUAAGGAACUACCAGGCAAAGAUUUAAAGACGUGAGCUGGAAUUUCAGUUCUGUUUGUGAUAUAAUGUAAAAAGAGGUGCUUUCGUUUAAUAUAGGAGGUUUUGUUAAAAUUAGAGGUUAAAGAUAAGUUUUCUCUGAGUUGUGAGAGCUUUGUGGGGCUCGGUGGGUUUCAUGGUGGUUUGUUUUAGAGACCAGAAGUCUACAAAAACUCGAAAUGUCUCAGUCCGAAAAGGCAGAAAAUAGGGAGCAGUCGACGUUUAGCUCGGAUACCGAACCAAAUGGAACUACAGUGAACCCUAAAGCGGUUUGUAACGUGUGUAAACGCCUGUACCGGGACCCUAAAAUCCUGCCAUGUCUGCACACCUUCUGCUCGGACUGUAUCGGCCAGCUGGAGCCCUUCUCGGUGUCCUCACGGCGGGACUCACCGGGGGACAGGACGGGGGUCGAGGACGGUGCAGCCGUCACAGUCACUGUCCUCUGUCCGCAGUGUGACUCUGAGGUGGACCUGCCUCCGUCCGGUGCCCGGGGUCUGAGCACCGACCACCUGGCUCUGGAUGAAGUGUUCCUGGAGACACUGGUGACGGACGGCCCGCUGGGAUGUGACCUGUGCGGGGAGGGAGGAGCGGAGAGCCGCUGUGAGGAGUGCAGCGUCAAUCUCUGCGAGUUCUGCUGCCAGGCACACAGGCGUCAGAAGCGCACAGCAUCUCACUCUUUGCAGCUUCUGGAGGAUCUGAAGUCUCGUGGUCGUCUGUGUCGUCCUGUCCUCUGUUCCCUCCACCCCGGCCAGGAGCUCCGCCUCUUCUGUCAGCCCUGCGACCUGCCUGUGUGCUUGGAGUGUGCCGCCUCGCUGCACCGUGAUCAUCGCUGCUGUCCCACCAGUGAUGUCAUCGAUCGUCAUGGAGACCGCAUCCGAGAGCUGGUUACUGUGCGGCUGCAACCUCAUCUGGAGCGUCUAAAGGACUCACUGGAGAAGGUGGACAUAUCCCAGGAGACUUUGCAAGCACGGGUGGAUGCUACAGCCAAUGAAGUGAGGACGUUUGCACGGGCCUACGCCAGCGCUGUAGAAGCUCACUGUCUGUCUCUUCUGCGUCGUCUGGAGGAGCUGCGUGUGCAGCGCAGGAACCAGCUCCACCUGCAGAGAGCACAGCUGCAGCAGGCUCUGCUGGAUGUCAGCGGCAGUGUGGAGUUUGCAGAGAGACUGCUGAGCUUCGGCUCGGAUGCUGAGAUCCUCAGCGCCAAAGGAGUGACCCUGAGGAGACUGACCAGCCUGGCCGAGAGCAGCUAUGACCCUCACCCAUCAGCGGUCGCCCCCGAUGAUGGUAGCAACAUCACCUUCCUGCCUAGGGAGCCUGCAGGGGAGGUGGACGGGUACCCUGUGGUCGGAGUGAUCAACUCUAGGACGGUGGAUCUUAGCAAGUGCACCAUUGAAGGGGAAGGUGUACAGAGGGGCCGAGAGGGUCAGAGGAGUCACUUCACGCUGGUGUGCAGGGACUCAGCGGGGGAGCAGGUAGCCCGAGGGGGAGAGAACGUCCUGGUCAGCAUUGUUAACAAAGAGAAGAAGAACAGCACGGUGGAAACGUCAGUGGUCGACAACAAAGAUGGAUCGUACAGCGUCUCUUUCAUGCCUGAGGAGCCCGGAGUCUACUCAGUCUGGGUUUGUGUCAAAGCCCAACAUGUCAAGGGUUCUCCGUUUAUUUUGACGGUGAAGAGGAAGCUGAGGCGUCACAGUGGGACAUUUCACUGCUGCUCCUUCUGCUCCAGUGGAGGAGCCAAAGAGGCUCGCUGUGGCUGCCCAGGAACCAUGCCAGGGGGAUUUAAAGGCUGCGGUCACGGUCAUAAAGGACACCCCGGGAAGCCUCACUGGUCGUGUUGCGGCAGCACCAUGGAGCAAUCUGAGUGUUUGCCUCAGAGCGUGCUGGCAGCAAUUUCCCCUCGCGGUCACUUGCGGACCGUGGAGCUGUGAGGUCACACUCAGACGAGACCUGUCGGUAUGAUGCAAGUUAACAACAGAUGGUGGCAACAGAAAGGUUAGAGCAGUGGGAUAUACAAGCUAAAGGUUUGGGGUGUAAAUCUCAGGCAGACUUGAAAAGGUCAGGCUGGUAAAGUGAGGCUCUGAGGGCAGAGAGACUGAGGCAUGGAAUCACAGUCUAGGUAGACAUUUUCCCACAUGUACUCCUGAAAAUGUCUUGAGUAUUUCAGAAGACCCUACCCUGAGAAUCUUCUUGGAUUGCAGAGGAAAAACAUUUUGUUAAAAGGAAAAAUACAAGUUUGUGAGUCUGACACUGUAAUGACUUUUUUGCUUUAAUAUCAAUGCUAUGCCCUUGUCUGGACAGUGUGGGACAAGUGGAAAGGAAUAUACCACAGACACAAAGAAAAGACUAGACUUUGCAUUGACAUCCAUCCUGGUAGUUUAAGUAUGUAGCAGAUAAGAAAGGGCAUUUACUCUGUUUAUUAAAUGCAUUUUCAUUCAGCUUUGUUCUCUCAGCUGAGGAGACAUCUUGAAUGCUGCCCAGGAUGCACGAGCAAAUUUAGUGCACCAAAUUAUUGUUGAUGAAGGCAUCCAAGACCAACUCUGUAUGCAUUCUGAACUGUUAGAUUUCAGUCCACCAUCAGGAUGCAGUGGGGAUUUGUUUACACCUAGAAUUAUGUCUUUUUACUUUUUAUAGUUAUGAGAUAACCUGUGGAUUGUGAUUCAAGGUGUAUACAGUGCUAAAGCUCAAGCUUUGUUGCAUCCACAAUGAUUGCACAGUCAUGUGAUAUGCACAUCCCUGCUGCUCUCACACAUCUGCUGAGCCACUACUUUUGGGCUGGCACGGAGUGGAAAAGUUGCCAUUUGUAUUCACACAUGCAGCUAAACCUGAUAAUUUAGGAAAUUUUCAAGUAUUUUCUUGCAUGUUUUAAAACAUCAUGUUACUCAUUUCAAGCCAAGCCUUCCAGACGGGCUACUAGAUGGAUAAAGCCCUCUCAACACUACAGAAUAGCACUGAAGACUAAUGUUGUUGACAGUGUCUUAAAGUAAAUAACCACAGUGUAGAAAAAAAGGUCAGCAGCUUAUAAAGCAUUUUACACAAUGUUUGUGGUUGCCAAGAAAAAUCAUGUUCAAUCAAAGACGCUACCAUUGAUAAAUGAUCUUAAAGAAACCAGAGCUGCCAAACAGGACAGAGGAGGGAGUAUCAGAAAAGCCAAACCAACAGUGGCCUGUAGGACCACAGCACCCUGCUCCACUGCAUCUCCCUCUAACACUGCCCAAUGAAAAACUAUAUGGAAAAAUAAAAACACUGAAAAUGGGAUUGCUGGCAACCCUACAGUUCAAACUAAAACAAAACCAAAUGACCUGGACAUAUAUUGGGAAGAAAAAAGAGAAGAAAGCCAACCUGCUUGGAUAAAAUGGAAAAGACACAAGAGGAACUCCAAACUCCCUCAGUGGUCUUUGCCUUUGAGUCUUAUGCCUAUACUCCAAAACUACAGAACAGUGAACAACUGACCAAAUUAUCCUCUCCCUGUGGUUACAUAUGUACUACGGGUAGUUGCCAUCAGGUUUCUAUCCAUCAGCUUCCUGGUGUCAUUACGUUGGACUCUGGGAGGCAUCAUCUAUAUAUUUACUGACAUCAGUCACAAUCACAACUGGAAGCAUAGGGUAAGAGCCAAUUUUAGUGCAUUGUGACUGUUUUUCACCUCACUGGAUAGAUAUUUGUAUCUUUCAUAUGUAUAUUGAACAAAAAAAUUCACUAGUUAUCUACAUUUUUAGUAGAUUUUAACUGAUAAACUCACCAGGAGGCCGUCAUGUUUUGGUCCGCACUGGUCUGGUGACAUCGCUUGUCCACAGCACUCCUCAACAUACUAUGCCUUAACUGGCUACCGAUGAGGGCACAAGCUGAGUCACGCAUCUUGUGCACAGAGAAUUUUGACAUUUGAGGUUUUGUUUAUUUAUUCCGCCCAUCAGCAUAUCAGUCAAAAUAGACAGGAAAAUGACAAAUAGAGAGCCAUAUUUACCUUGCAGCAAAUAUGUACACAAUAGUAGAACAUGUUUGAAAUCUGUUUCUUGAUGAUCCUUAUGAAGGCCACAAUCUAAAAUUUUCUGCUUUUUUUUUAAAAAAAGUAAAAUUUAGCAUUUCUUUGGAGAAACUCCCUUUGUUCAUAAUGCUUUAAUUUUGAAAAGCUCUCAGCAGGUUCCACUAUACACUGAAUCAAGUCACUUGUAGGGAGGUUUAUAAAACUUCAAAGAAUCACAGAGCUUUGACAGCAGGAAGACAAAGCCAACAAGCAGCAAACUCACGCCUGGUUUGAAAGCUACGACGGUGCGUGCCAGAACGGACACACACAGCAGUUGCAAACAGCAAAACACGCUGCCAGUCUGAAACAGCUGGUUACUGCAUAGGCGCAGUUGAGGAGCGCUGUGGUCAAAUUACGUCACACUACCAGUGCAGACCAAAACAUGUAGAUAUCCAGUGAGUUUUUUUUGUUCAAUAUACAUUUGAGAGAUACAAAAAUCUAUCCAAAUAGGUGAAUUUGUCUGAUCAUGUUGGGUUCCUUUGUUGUAAGCACUCCAUACAAUUUCCUGAUCCAUUCUCAGAGGAUUUCAGUCAUUUUUGACAGUCUUCUUACUCAUAAGCUGGUGAAGUAACUUCCAUUUAAUGUCCAUUUCCAAUGAUUUGGACUUUUUUAUUCUGACAUGCAAUAUUUGGACUUGUUCACAGGGACAGGCUUUAUAAGGUAGUGCUUUUUGGCAUGUCCUGUAAAUAUUUUACAAUUUUACUUUAUCAGGGGCUAAUGCAUUACCCAAAAUACCCAAGCAAUCAGUGUCUGUGAUUGGGUCACAGUGCGUUAUUGUCGAGGCUUUUAUUUAGCCCUGUCUCUUAAAGGUCACAUUUUCUAAGACACGUUUUUAAACCAGUUUAAACCUACUAGGUGCCUUUUUUUGAAGAGUGGGAGAGACAGCAAAAGGUGAUCAAUUAGUAUCAACAAUGCUCCAAUCAUGCAUGUUUCUCCUGAAUAAGAUGUGUUAAAAGAUACUAAAAGGCACCUUUUCUUUCAUCGGCCCUCUUUGCUUAGAGUGAAGACACGUUUUACUCCACUCUAAAAUGCAUAAAAGUUUUAUAUGCCUUGUUUAUUAAAAAACACCUGGAAAUAGAGUGUCUGUAAAACAUGUGAUACUGAAACGUGAGCUGCAGUUCUAUUAAAUCUGCUUUGAUCAUUGUGUUGUUGAAAAUCCACCAAUCAUAUCUUUUGUUUGGAUUUAAGGUGUUUCUUUAAAAAAAAAAACUUUCAAUUUAGAUCAACAAAUAACUUCAACUUAUUCGUUUUUUUUUUUUUUUUCUUAUAAGUAAGAUUUAAAUGCUGGUGCUUAACUUUUUCGUCUAUACUGAACCACUAGAAAUGCCAAAAUACGGCCACAUGUUGACAAAUAAUUACACUGUAGAUGUUUUAUAAUGGUACUUUCUACUUGAAGGUACAGAAAAUGAUAAACAGUCAAACUUAAGGUGCUUUCAAACUCUAAUUAUUAUUUCAUUUAAUAAGUAUGUGAUGCACUGGUAAACACAGUGCCUUUAAUUCAACACUGGAAAACACAAAAGCUGUUCAUAAAUAUAAAAAUAUUAUUUUAAAUGUCUUAAACUGCAAAUGUAAAGCUCCUACUAAUAUGUUUAAAGCCUUUGUUUAUUUUGUUGUUGGAUAUUUAGUAAAAUAGAUCUAUGCAAAUACUUGACAUAAGGACAAAUGUUAUUCUUCUGUGGUCCAAGAUGUGCCUUUUUAUUUCUACAACAAUUUAAUUGUUGAGCUGCUGUUUCUAUUUGUCACGGCUGUUAAUUCAUCAGAUUUUCAAUAAAUGUAUGUUUUUUACUUAC